AAGGUCCAGUUUGAUUAAUAUGAUCAAUGGUGAGGCGACCGGUUCGUUCUAUGAAUCGUAAUGGAGUUCGAUACCGCUACGCAAAUUUAAAUUCAAUCUCUGUUUCGAGCGGGCAGUGAAAAUGUGGGAGCCCUCGGUGUCGGACCUUCAAUUAGAUUUAGCUUCAAAAUGAGCGUUCUAGUCGGUUUGAAGUUUAACAAAGUUUCGUUCGAUGUGUGGAAAGUUGGUUUUGCUCUCAGUGAAUCUGAUGUUUAUUGCCAGGAAGCUGAGUUGGCAUGAUUUCCGUGCUGUUUAUACUUUGUACAGUAGUGUCGGCGGUAAAAUGGGAUGCGCCGACACCUUACGAUCCGGUUUGGCUUGCCAGCGUGCAGAUGUACCCAGCUGCCACAAGUCCCAGUGAAGCCAAGUUCGGCUUGGGUUGGGUGUACGAAUCUGAUGUGGAGUUUCGAUUGUUCACAAGGAGGAACGCGAUCGAUUACCAAGUCUUGACAACCAACGACUCAGAGUCACUAAAACAAUCAAACUUCGAUUUUAGCAAAAAAGUUAAGGUGUUAUCUCAUGGUUGGCUUAAUCAUGGAGAAAGUCCUAUGCCAAUGUCUAUCAAAGAAGCCUACCUCAAUGUAAGCGAUUUGAAUAUAAUCGUUCUUGAUUGGGGCGUAGCAGCCAACGUCAAUUAUAUCUUAGCCAGUUAUAAUGUAGCUUCGGUCGGUCGCCUCCUCACCGAAUUCCUAAAUUUUCUCAUAAGGGAAGGAGUUUCUAUGGAUGACGUUCAUCUUAUAGGACAUAGUCUAGGAGCCCACGUCGUCGGUAUAGCAGGAGCUUACGUCAAAAAGGGUCCUAUUGAUACUAUAACAGGACUUGAUCCAGCGUUGCCGCUCUUCAGCAUUGGCAACAAGGAUGCCAGACUGGAUAAACAUGACGCUCGUCACGUCGAGGUUAUACAUACCUGUGGGGGGUAUCUUGGCUUCAUGUCGCCCCUAGGACACAUAGACUUCUAUCCGAAUGGGGGCAUACGACAACCUGGCUGCGGUACUGAUUUCAGAGGUUUUUGCGCCCACAAUCGCGCGCACAUGUUCUUCUCGGAGUCCAUCACAUCCCUGGUUCCGUUCACCGCAGUCAGGUGCAAGGAUUACGACGAGCUGUACUAUAACGGGUCCUGUGAAGGUACUGGCGAGACUCUGAUCAUGGGCGGCUUCUUGAUACAUUACGGGUGAGUACAAGACACAAUUAUAACAUCUUACCGGAUCUAGUAUGCUGAGUAUUGUAGAAUGCUUAUCUACAUUGGAAGUGGCCUUAUUGGCCCAGAAGUGGGACAUUUAAAGGCUGUUUUAGUUAUUA